UAAAAAGGCGAAAAAUUCAAGUCUUGGAGGGAUUUUUCUUUUCACAAAAAAAGAAAUGGGCGCCAAAAUGUUUAAUUUUCCCGCUACGUGAAGCUAAACUUCUCUUUAAUAUGAUCCGAGGUUCAUUUUUUGAACAAACUCAUUGACUCUAUGAGCAGAGAUUGGGUUUCAUAGAUAGUGAGCCAAGCAGCUCUGUAAUUGUAGGGUUUAUUUUCAUUACUUUUCAAAUGGGAUCUGCAUCGCUAUUGAACUCAUCAGUCUCCGACGCUUCCGUUGAGAAGCAUUCCGAUUCGGCAUCUGGAAAGAAGAACAAAGGUAAAGCAAAACCUUUGGGUUCUAAAACAAAGGAGGAACGAACAAACAAUAAAAAAGAAAAGAAGCGAAGUUCCUCUCAGAAAACUGAAGAACCUGCGAAAAGGCCUAAGCGGGCUGCUGCAUGCUCAGAUUUUAAGGAGAAGUCUGUAAAAUUGUCUGAAAAGUUGUCUGUUCUUGAAACAAAGAGAGACCAAUUUGCCGAGGAAGAGGUUGUAGCUAUUCAUCUGACACAUGAAGCAGAUGAUGGUCGUCCUAACCGGAGACUGACUGAAUUUGUUGUUCAUGAUGAGAAUGGCACCCCACAACCUCUUGAGAUGAUUGAAGUUGAUAGUAUGUUUAUCUCAGGUGUUAUACUGCCCCAUAACGAAGGUCUUGACAAGGAAAGCGAAAAGCGUGUUCGCUGUGAGGGUUUCGGAAGGGUAGAAGGAUGGGAUAUUUCUGGUUACGAAGAUGGCUCUCCAGUUAUAUGGCUUACAACAGAUCUUGCUGAUUAUGAUUGCCUUAAACCUGCAAAUAACUACAAAAAGUUUUAUGAUCGGUUUUUUGAAAAGGCUCGUGCUUGUAUAGAGGUGUACAAAAAAUUGUCGAAAUCAUCCGGAGGAAAUCCUGACCUCACUCUAGAUGAGUUGCUUGCAGGAGUUGUUCGAUCAAUGAGUGGGAGCAAGUGUUUUUCUGGUGCAGCAUCCAUCAAGGAUUUUAUCUUUUCUCAGGGUGAAUUCAUUUAUAAACAACUAGAAGGCUUAGAUGAGACGUCAAAGAAUGAUCAGAAAUUUAAAGAUCUGCCUGCGCUCCUUGCCUUGAAAGACAAGAGUAAAAAGCAUACAAACUUUGUAAUGGCAAAAGCAGCAACCAACAAUGGGAACUUGGUGAUUUAUGAAGCAUCUGAAGAAAAAGUGUCAAAUAUGAACAAACCCAUGUCAGAAACUGCAGCUAAUGAAGAUGAAGAUGCAAAGUUAGCAAGGCUCCUGCAAGAAGAAGAGUAUUGGCAAAAUGCAAAGAAGCAAAAGAAAAACCAUGUUUCAGCUUCUUCAUCAAAUGCAAUCUACAUCAAGAUCAAUGAAGAUGAAAUUGCUAAUGACUACCCGUUGCCUGCAUUUUACAAGCAUUCUGAUGAAGAAACUGAUGAAUAUAUAGCUAUCGAUACUGAAGAGCAUAUGUUGGUGGAUCCUGAUGAUCUUCCUAAAAGAAUGCUGCAUAACUGGUCACUUUAUAACUCUGACUCUAGGUUAAUAUCCUUGGAGCUUCUUCCCAUGAAACCAUGUGAAGAUAUAGAUGUCACCAUCUUUGGGUCAGGAAGUAUGACAGAAGAUGAUGGAAGUGGAUUCUGUCUUGAUGAUGAUCCUCAUCAGUCUUCUUCAGGAGGUUCAGGGACGCAAGAUGAUGUUGGGUUGCCAAUUUUUUUGAGUUCAAUAAAGGAGUGGAUGAUUGAGUUUGGAUCUUCUAUGGUUUUCAUAUCUAUCCGAACAGACAUGGCCUGGUAUAGGCUUGGAAAGCCUUCGAAGCAAUAUUCUUCAUGGUAUAAGCCUGUGCUGAAAACAGCAAAGCUUGCUCGAAGUAUCAUUACAUUGUUAAAAGAGCAAAGUCGGGUAUCAAAGCUUUCUUUUACUGAUAUAAUUAGAAAAUUGUCCGAGUUCAAGAAGGAUGAUCAUGGUUAUAUAUCUUCUGAUCCGGAAGCUGUUAAGAGAUACGUGGUUGUGCAUGGCCAGAUAAUACUGCAGCUUUUUGCUGAAUAUCCAGAUGAAAAUAUUAAGAAAUGUGCAUUUGUGGAUGGUCUAACCAGUAAGAUGGAGGAGAGACACCAUACCAAAUGGAUAGUGCACAAAAAACAAAUUUUGCAGGCGAAUCAGCCCAAUUUAAAUCCACGAGCAGCAAUGGCUCCUGUGAUCUCCAAGAGGAAGGCUAUGCAGGCAACAACAACAAAACUGGUUAACAGAAUUUGGGGCGAAUAUUACUCCAAUUAUUCGCCAGAGGGUCUGAAAGAGGAAACUAACUGUGAGGCAAAAGAAGAAGAUGAGGUUGAAGAGCAAGAGGAAAAUGACGACGACGUUGAAGAGGAGAAGCCAUUGGUUUUGAAGAAAACAAAAGUACCUUGCGCAAUGCCAUCACGAACUAAAUCAUACACAAAGGAUGAAGUACAGUGGGAUGAAAGUCCUGUCGGAAAAACAAGUUCCGGUGAAGCUAUUUAUAAACGAGCCAUUGUUCGUGGAGAGGUUAUCACAGUGGGGGCUACUAUCCUUAUUGACGCUCAUGAAUCAGAUGAAUUUCCUGCCAUUUAUUUUGUAGAGUACAUGUUUGAGACAUCAGAAGGAAGCAAAAUGUUUCAUGGGAGAAUGAUGUUGCGUGGAUCAGAUACAGUUCUGAAUAAUGCUGCCAAUGAGAGAGAAGUUUUCUUGACAAACGAGUGCUUGGAUUAUGAAUUGGCAAAUGUCCAACAGGAAAUUGUCAUAGAAGUUCGGAAAAUACCAUGGGGACAUCAGCACAGGAAAAAUAAUGCUAAUGCAGAAAAAAUUGAUAGAGCUAGAGCGGAAGAGAGGAAAAAGAAUGGACUACCAGUAGAGUACUACUGUAAAAGUUUGUAUUGGCCAGAGAGAGGUGCAUUUUUCAGUCUUCCAUUUGAUUCUCUGGGGCUUGGUUCUGGGGUCUGCCACUCUUGCAAAAUUAAGGAGGCUGAAAUGAUAAAGAACGGUUUCAAAGUGAAUUCAUCUAGGACUGGAUUUGUAUACAUGGGAACUGAGUAUGGUCUUAAUGAUUUUUUCUAUGUAAGUCCUUAUCACUUUACCUCAGAAAGGGAUGCUGAAACAUACAAGGGUGGAAGAAAUGUAGGCUUGAAAGCUUAUGUUGUGUGCCAGUUGCUGGAGAUUGUUGUCUCAAAGGAACCAAAACAGGCUAAAGCAACAUCUACCCAGGUCAAGGUUCGCAGAUUUUUUAGACCAGAGGACAUCUCUUCGGAGAAGGCGUAUUGUUCUGAUAUUCGGGAGGUAUACUACAGUGAAGAAACACACCUUCUGUAUGUUGAAACUAUUGAAGGGAAAUGUGAAGUCAGAAAGAGAACUGAUAUUUCAACACGUAAUGCUGCUGCAAUUUUUGAUCAUAUUUUCUUUUGUGAGCAUUUUUAUGACCCUUCUAAAGGGUCUGUCAAGCAGCUGCCGGCUAAUAUCAAAUUGAGAUACUCAACCGGGACUCAGGCAAACGAUGCUGCUUCUAAGAAGAGGAAGGGUAAGUGCAAAGAGGGGGAGGUUGAAGUGGAAAUUGAGAGAGAAACAAUUCAACGGGGACUCUUAGCCACAUUGGAUAUUUUUUCUGGCUGUGGUGGCUUGUCAGAGGGAUUGCGGCAGGCUGGUGUCUCAUCAACCAAGUGGGCUAUUGAGUAUGAAGAGCCUGCUGGAGAAGCAUUCAAGCUUAAUCAUCCGGAGUCAUUAGUGUUUAUUAAUAAUUGCAAUGUAAUUCUUAGGGCUGUAAUGGAGAAAUGUGGAGAUGCAGAUGACUGUAUUGCAACAUCUGAAGCUAUAGAAUUGGCAGCAAAACUAGAUGAGAAGAUAAUCAAUGAUUUGCCAUUGCCAGGACAAGUAGAUUUCAUCAAUGGAGGUCCUCCAUGUCAAGGUUUCUCGGGAAUGAACAGAUUCAAUCAAAGUACUUGGAGUAAAGUUCAAUGUGAGAUGAUCUUAGCAUUCUUAUCGUUUGCUGACUACUUCCGGCCGAAAUUUUUCCUGUUAGAGAAUGUGAGGAACUUUGUGUCUUUCAAUAAAGGACAGACAUUCCGUUUAGCUGUUGCUUCCCUCCUUGAGAUGGGUUAUCAGGUGAGGUUUGGUAUACUGGAAGCUGGAGCAUAUGGAGUUUCUCAGUCACGAAAACGAGCAUUCAUAUGGGCAGCCUCCCCUGAAGAGAUACUUCCAGAGUGGCCUGAGCCAAUGCAUGUCUUUGCUGCUCCAGAGCUAAAAAUCGCAUUAUCAGGAAAUUCACAUUACGCUGCUGUUCGAAGUACUGCUAGUGGAGCCCCUUUCCGUGCAAUAACUGUCAGAGAUACCAUUGGUGAUCUACCUGCUGUUGGAAAUGGUGCCUCAACAACAACUUUGGAGAAUAAAAAUGAUCCUGUUUCGUGGUUUCAAAAGAAAAGUCGGGGGGACACAGUUACCUUGACAGACCAUAUAUCAAAAGAAAUGAAUGAGCUGAAUCUGAUUAGGUGUAAGAAGAUACCUAAGCGACCAGGUGCUGAUUGGCGUGACCUUCCUGAUGAAAAGGUAAAAUUAUCUACUGGUCAAUUGGUUGAUUUGAUUCCGUGGUGUCUGCCAAACACAGCAAAGAGGCAUAAUCAGUGGAAGGGACUAUUUGGAAGGUUGGAUUGGGAAGGGAACUUUCCGACUUCAAUAACAGAUCCUCAACCUAUGGGUAAGGUGGGGAUGUGCUUUCAUCCUGACCAGGACAGGAUUCUCACAGUUCGCGAAUGUGCACGAUCUCAAGGAUUUCCGGAUAGCUACAAGUUUUCAGGUAACAUCCAACACAAGCACCGCCAAAUUGGAAAUGCUGUCCCUCCCCCGUUGGCACACGCCUUGGGAAUUAAACUUAAGGAAGCAUUGGAGCGAAAGCCUAAAUAGCUGCAUUUUGUCAAAAUUAAACUUAAGGAAGCAUUGGAUUGAAAGCCUAAAUAGCUGCAGUUUUUCCAAUUACUGUGUAACAAUCAUUCAUCUUGAAAUUCUUGUUUUUUCAGGUCGAUUUGAUGAAAAACCUUUGAUUAUAAUUAUAAAUCGUCCUUCCAAUGUGUCACUGCUAACUAGGUGUAUUUCCUCUAUUGUAUUUAAAAAAGUGAUAAUUUCUGCAGUA